AUGGAAAACCUUUCGAUAGGCGAAUCAUCAAGGUCAACAGUCUCGCUUGUUAGAGAUAUCGAAGAUGAUGAUGUGGCUUCAGGUCAAACAGACAAUUCAAGUACACUAAACACAUCCUACCUAACACCUUUACAACAAAGUUUAGUGUUUGAACUGACAACAAGACGAAAACGCAUAGCAAAGGCGCAAAGGAGAAUAGAGUUCUGGGAAAGAUACGAGGAGAAGCAAGCGAAGGAAAAGCAAGCGGGAAAGCGUACUGCUACGGAUCAAUUUGAGAGGGAUGUGGUAGAUGAAGAAUACUUGGACGAUUUGAUCAAACAACGAAAAGAUCGUUUGGCUGAAUUGCAACAAUCACAAACACUCAAAGAAUCUAUAAUGGAAUCCGCCGACGCUGCCCAUUCUAUCAAUGCUUCCAUGGCAGCAGUUCCACCCGGACCUUUUCCUAAUUCGCCAGAUAUCUCUUUGUGUCCUCAUGACAUAGCGCCAGAAAGGCAACCGAUUCGAUCACUAGUAGCAAGGAGGGACGAAGCCGCUUUGAAGUUCCUACAGCUUGAUGAUCAAAUCAAAAGAGCACAGAGAGAACGAUAUAAAAUCCUUGGCAAUAUUCAAGCCGCUCGUGAAACGACAGCAAACCUAUACCGAGAAAUACACGAAUUGAAAGAAGCCCUAGCACGAAAAAAGACGGAUGAAUUGGAUAUUUCGAACAGCGUUACGAUUGAUCGUCAAGAAGAUGCUCAAGCUCGAAUUGCAGCGUUGCAAAGGGCAAUCAAUACCGCUCGCGGUAAACGUGAGAUGGUCAAAGGUGUUCUGAGGGGACUUAUACUCGAAUCAGGACUGGAUUGGUCAAAGAACAAAGGUUUGCGAAAAUUGGUGUUACAACUGGGCGAUGAUGAGGUAUAUUCUUCGGAUGAAGAUGUUGAUCUGUAUACGGAUGAGGAAGAGACGGAAGAAUCAUCAGAUGAAGGGGAAGACUAG